UCCCGCGGUGAGCGCCGUGUCCAGCAUAGCGCAGCUGCAGCAGCGCGAGCAAGAUGCUGCGCACGACGGGAGCUGCCGACGCCGUUGCCGCCUCGUCCUCCUGAGGAACGAGGGUACCCCGCUCUCGUUUCCGCUCGUGUGUGUUCUUGAACAAUAAAUUAAUUAAACGACAGCAGGAACAAACGAAUCGACGACGAGUUUUGCGACGCGCGUUUACGAGUGUGCUUAUUAUUGCUACCGAGUGUGAUACUUACACGGAUACGGAUAUAUAUACACACAUCGAGAUAUACAUACACACACACGCGUACACACGCACGCACACACACACACACACACACACACACAUAUAUAUAUAUAUAUACAUAUAUAUAUCUGUACCGUCAGAAGGCUUCCAACAACAACAAAAUAACCGCUCCUACUUUCUUGUCUCCUCCUCUUGUGUCUCUUAUCUCGCCACAUAUAUCCCUUUUAAUCCUCCCCAUACAGUUCAGUUCGGACCUCACUUUUUCUCUCUAUCUCUUUCCCUGCCUCUUCUCCUUACUCACUGUGUAUAUAUCUCGCAACCCAUACCUAACCACUCAAAGCACCCGGCAUGCCACUCCUCUGACGACACGACGAACUUGAGAGUAGCAGCCGCAAGAGGGAGGGGAUCGAAGGACAAGAACAAGUGCUGUUGUUUUUAGUGCCACGCAUUUUGCAAGCAAUUAAAUAAACAGAUCACGCAUUAAAAACACACACAACUACCACGACGACUGCCCAAGACGACGAGGAGGAUGCCGCCAGCCGACGUCGCAGACGCCGUCGCCGGCGUGACGAGCCGUACCGGCCAGGCCCUCACCUGGGGUUUCGCCGCCUUACUUGCCGCCACCGCCGUCCUUGUACCCAUCGCACCAGCCUCUGCGACGGGAGGCGGAAGUGCAUACAGCGACGUGAACAUCUCGGCGAUCCUGGACUCAUUUUCCGUGAGCUAUGACAAAAGAGUAAGGCCGAACUACGGAGGUCCUCCCGUCGAGGUGGGCGUCACCAUGUACGUCUUGAGUAUCAGCUCGCUAUCAGAAGUCAAAAUGGAUUUCACGCUGGAUUUUUACUUCCGACAAUUUUGGACGGAUCCACGGUUGGCGUUCAAAGAACGCCGAGGUGUCGAGACGCUGAGCGUUGGCUCGGAGUUCAUCAAAAACAUCUGGGUGCCGGACACGUUCUUCGUCAAUGAGAAGCAGUCCUAUUUUCACGUGGCAACCACCAGUAACGAGUUCAUUCGCAUACAUCACAGCGGUACCAUUACCCGCAGCAUGCGAUUAACAAUCACAGCGUCGUGUCCAAUGAAUCUGCAGUACUUCCCGAUGGACCGACAACUUUGUAAUAUUGAAAUCGAGAGUUUCGGCUACACGAUGCGCGACAUCCGCUACAAAUGGAACGAGGGCCUUAACAGCGUCGGCGUCAGCAACGACGUCAGCCUGCCCCAGUUCAAGGUCCUCGGACAUCGGCAGCGAGCCCACGAGAUUAGCCUCACCACCGGUAACUACUCACGAUUGGCGUGCGAGAUCCAGUUCGUAAGGUCGAUGGGCUACUACCUGAUCCAGAUCUACAUACCCUCGGGUCUUAUUGUCAUAAUCUCGUGGGUGAGCUUUUGGCUAAACCGAAAUGCAACCCCCGCUCGGGUCGCCCUCGGAGUAACCACUGUGCUCACCAUGACAACCCUCAUGUCCUCCACCAACGCGGCACUGCCCAAAAUCUCCUACGUCAAGUCCAUCGACGUUUAUCUGGGAACAUGUUUCGUCAUGGUCUUCGCAUCGCUACUCGAAUACGCGACGGUCGGCUACAUGGCGAAAAGGAUUCAAAUGAGGAAAAGCCGCUUCCAGAAGAUUGCGGAAAGCAUGAAAGCGGCAAGGGAAGCUCCAGGACCGCCCGGCGUGCCUGGUGAUCACGGAGACCAUCAUGCGCCCAAACAAACCGAGGUGCGCUUUAAGGUCCACGACCCCAAGGCACACAGCAAGGGCGGAACCCUCGAGAACACCAUAAAUGGUCGCGCCGACGAGGAAGCGCCGCCGCCACCGCAGCACCUCAUACAUCCUGGCAAGGACAUUAGUAAACUAUAUGCUCAAGAGGAUGCCCAUUCUGCACUUCAGUCUUUUCCAAAGCCAACAAAACAUACUAUAAUGGGUAUGACGCCGUCGGACAUUGACAAGUACUCUCGCAUCGUCUUUCCGGUCUGCUUCGUCUGUUUUAACCUGAUGUAUUGGAUCAUAUACCUUCACAUCAGCGACGUCGUAGCCGACGACCUCGUGUUGCUCGAGGAGGCCAAGUAAAGGAGUCUCGAACGAGAGCGUCUCCUACGACGACGAAAAAAAAAGAAAAAAAAAUAUGCCAGGCAUACUCACACAAUACUCUGAGAAAGAAGACUAUUUUUUCCUUCGCAAGACGAAAGCAGCCAAAGAAGAAUGGACGAAAAAGCCGAAGAAGAGCGGCAACAAAACGUGGAGUAGGGACGCCACGAGCGGGGAGAAGAAAACGAAACCAAAAUGCCCGCAAGCGUGAAUUUUUUUAUUGUUCCGGGGCACACGACAAGGCCGAGCCGUUGAGCCUUUUUCCGCUCCCCCGCGCCCUCUCGUUUGAAAAUAUAAUAAUAAUAAAAAAUAAAACGAUAUACAAAGCGAGAUAAACAAAAAUAACAAUACGCCCGAACGUGCGCAUCAAAGACUGAGCCGGUGCAUCGAGGCGGAUCGAGCAACAAAGUAUUAAUACAAAAAAUGUCCGCCUAUUAGGAGAGCAAAAAUAAACGAGAUAAUUGAUGGAUGGACCGACAAACACACGAGGUCUUUGCCCGAGGAUAAGAGAGAAUCGGAAAUGCAUGCCGCGUGACAUUAUACAGAAAUAUCUCUAGUUCGUAAGCGAGAUAUAGGAAAAAAUAAGGACAUGAAACGAUGAUUACGCUCUUUGGCACGAAGAUCGAAGAGCGGCUACAAUUACAAUUUUCGAUCUUAAGAUAAACACAGAUUACCGUAAAAUGCAAACACAGAAUUUUAAGAGUAAGCAAAUUAAACGAUAAAAGUAAUUAAAAAAAAAAAUAAAAUUAUAAAGUGUUGUUAAAACAAUUAUGUAAGGGAAAAAGUAAGCUCUGGUGUGUAAGAGAGAAAUUAGGAUGUAUUAAUUACGUGAGCGUUAAUAGAGAGGACGUUAUAAGUUCGAACGAACAAAACUAAAAUAAAAAAAAAAAAUACGGAAAAAAAUGACGACGAUCCUAAGUGCUUCAGAAUGUUUUUACACCGAACUUUUUAAACAAACGUGAAAUGAUAAAAAAAAAAAGAUAGUAAGCUCGGAGAGAGUUGAAAGUGAGACGCGACAGACGGUGAUGGAAAAUGUGGGCCCGCAUUUGAAAACCAUCGGUUACGCAUUUGCCAUUCGCGAUUUUUCUCUGCCGCACGUAGAAUAGAGUGAGAAAUCAAAGGAUAUUGAUAACGACGACGCUUUUGUUUUGGAGACGUCGUAAAAUAAGUUUUUUGUUUUUUUUUCCUAUAGAGCAACAUAGAAUUCUUUACACUUAGAUAAAAAGAAGAGGCUGCGGCGAGAGCGGAUUGUUAUUUUCGACACUGCAUGCGCGAUGUCUCGAUUGACGCGGUCUCGGUGAAGUGAGCGUGCCUCGCGACGUGUCGAAAAAUCAAGUUGGGUCCGCACGAGGCUCCGAAUCGCUCUCUCGCACUGGUAUCAAAGUGAUAGCGUUAACGCCUUGGCCUUAUACUGUCCCGCGUUAAGCACAUCUCGUCCAAGCCGUACUCGCGCUUGGCUCGGCCAAGGCAUACAAAUAACUAUUUAUAAGCUGUUACGGGAUCUCACUGAACAAGGCUGAGGCUGGAAUACCACUCGCGCAAUUGUUAAUCCGAAAUUGAUAACGACGUUGAUUCGUGCACCCCAUUCAAAUCAUCGUUUGUGUUCGUCAGGCUCGUCAUUCGCGAGGUUUCAUUUUUAUUGAUACGUCGGAUUGAAUUACAAACGUAGACAUUUGUAAGAUUUUACAAAAAAAAGUGUUGAACAGAUGAAAGAAAUUCUCAAGUAACAAACGCACGCUAGCAAAAUGGGCGCGCGUCUGUACAAACUCGGACUCUUUCUACUUCUUUAUAUACAUACGCGAAACGAACAGAAUCACUCAUAUACAAUAAAGUCAUUGAAACUAAAAUAAAAAAAAAAAGAAAAUCUGGUGCAAACGACGCGAACGCCUUGAACAAAUAUGCCAUAUAAUAAACGACAGCCAGAAAGAGAGAGAAAGGAGGAACAGGGUAGGGUCAAGAGUAAAGGAAAGUCGAUGAGCCGUCAUAAAUUUCUGGCCUGGAAGUGACGCUCGGCGACUCGGAAAAUGCAAAUUGAAGUCCGACAGCCCCAGGAUUUUCCACCGUUCCGCUGAAGCUACACUGCCUUCCGCUCUCCCUGCUUGUGUGGCUUAGGCGUGUGGCGAGCGCGUUGCAAUUAGCAUUAAAUAUACAAAUGCUCAUUUUCCAAAUUCACUCGCAACUAGUUUUCUUUUAUUUCUAACGAUGACUCUGACUACUGCUAAACGAAUAUACGGAUACACGACUACGAAGAUCAAACGGAAUAGAUGAAAGACGAACGACCAAAACAAAACGACACGGAGCCUUUAUCAUUCACAAGGACGCACAAAGAUGAAAAAUUUUACUUAGACGAGACGAUAAAAGAAAAUCUCAGACCGAGACUGAGCGGACAUAAGCUUUCUGGAAGGAAAACAGCAAAGCUGGUUGUAUAUAGGAUAUCGACCAAGCACACGCCCCAAAGUCCACCACCACCGCCACCUUCCUCAAAACACUUAUCCCUCUCACUCCCUUAUUUUUUCCCAGCUGUACAGUAGCGUGCGGAGAGCUAGGCGAAAGACAGGCAGUGUCGGGGCCAAAACUGCCAAGGCACAGACGAGAAAAUCGCAGUGGGGAAAACACUCGCUUGCUCCUUAGAGCCUAGAUCGCUUAAACGCGCCUCUAAAAGUCAAGCCGUUGAUCCUCGUUUUUCACUCCGCCUAUAUAUAUAUAUACAUCUUUUCCUUCCCGUCUUCUCUCUUUUCUAUCCUUUCCCCUUCCCCCAAGACGACGAUCUCUCAUUCAUGCGCGACAGCGAAAAGCAUUCGGUUUUUGGUAUUUAGUUCCUAUAUCUGACAGACGGAUAAAACGGACGCUCGCAAAUGAGCCUUGGAUUAAUCGACAUUCAUGUGAUGCGCGAGGAACAAUAAAUCGUCAAAGGCCCUUCCGCCGUCUGUCCAUCCGUCACCCAUACUUUUGCACACAUAGCGAGCGGAAAGGAAAGAAAAAAGGUGUGGGGGGGGGGGGAGGAGGAUUAGAUCGACGGGUAUAACGCGAGGCUCAAUUUCGCGUCAGACACGCGAGCAGCCGCCAACGAACGAGAACGCGCCGCCGCCAGCUGAUCGAAUGCAUAAUAACGCGAUCGUGAGAAUGACGAUAAUGGCUCUGGUAGUUUUAAUGUGAAAAAAAGAAAAGAGGGAUGUUUCUCGCGAUCGCUUAUCUGCCGAUGAAAAUUGGAAGAAUUUCGUUUAAAAAUAUAACUGCGGAUUUUGCGUGAAGAGAAAAAAAGAAACGAAAAUUUUUUGAUUUCAAAGAAAACGCUUCGAUUGCUACCCUAAAAAUGCACUUUUUAAAAUCUAGCUUCGAGCACAAAACGAAUCGAUCAUCGCGAUGAGUGCAGUCGGUUUAGUUGGCGAGCUCGCUUUGGCGAAAAAGUAAAAUUGAGUACGGCGAGUCUAAAAGAACAGCCGCGCGAUCAAACAAGCAAUGAAUGCGACCAGAUGACAAGGUAACUUUCAAGUUUCUCUUCAAUCUUAUCAGUACGAUCAUGUAGAAGUUUAUUUUCAAUUUUGAAAAACUAAAUACUUGAGCCAAUUAUAAUUGCACGGAAUAUAAUGAAAAACGAUUCGAAAUAAAAGUCACACUUCUUCAGAAAGACAAAUUUCAAAGCGGUCACGUAAUUUUGCUACUCUUUUUCUACAUAAACUAUUGAAGCACUAAAGUCGCAAAAAUAAAACGCAGCCUUUUCCACCUGAUGCAUACGGUCUUUAAAAAAAAGAAAAAAAAAAGAAAAAAAAAUAAAAACAUCACACUGGCCGGGACGAUAUAAUAGUCGGAAAAAUUAUAAACGAAAAUUUUCGAUUAUGAUCGAGUAGUAUUUCAUUGUUGUGAUACGCCGUAUAAGUAAAUAACCAACUUAUACCUAAGUAAACGUUGUGCAUUUACUAUAUGAUUGUAUUUAUUUGUAGUAUUAUUGUGUAAUACAUACGCUUGCUCGGAAAAAUGUAUUUAAUACGUCAACAAAAGAAACUUCGAAUUGCUAUAAAUCCAUAUAAUUAUUUUCAUUAUUAUUGUAAAUGACGAAUCAAUACAGUUUUCUACGUGUAACGUGUUUAUAUUAAUUCUAACUUUACGUUCGUACGUGCAUGAAAAAAAAGUCAUACCGAGCGAUCGCCGCGUUUCCAUAAAUGACACGUCUAUUUCUUAUUUUGAUACUUCGAUAGAUCAUAUAAUCGAUAUAUAUCACGAUUGCAUGAGAAAAAAUAUGUCCAGGGAAUAUGAGUUUUAUCUAUAUUAUAUAUUAUACUUAUAUACGACGGUCGUAUCGGUGCUGCGGAUUUAAAAAAAAUAUUGCGACGAGGAAAGAGUUGAUGUAAUAAUUAUAUAGGCGCUCAAAGAACAAUGAUCUUCAGACGAGACAUUACAGACACGUCCUCUGGUAGGAUUUACGUUUUUAUUUUUAUGGACAAGCUCUUCAAAGCUAAAUAAGAUUUAAAAGGAUUAAAAGAACGUUAAUAUUAUUGUACAUGUAUAUACGUUUGCGAGAAAGUUGAGCAAAAAUUUUGUUAUUUAAACCUUAGUGAGUUUAUUGCCACUGUAUCAUUAUCCAAAGAUAUCAUUGCCAUUAUUAAUAUUAUUAUUGUGUCGAUUACAUGAAUGUAUGAAUUAUUAAUAUAAAUGCGUCUGUGUGAGUAAACAGAAAAAAAUACCCACAUAAAAUAUAAUUAUAUAGCGUUCAUAAAAAUACAAAAGCAAAAGGAUCGCAUUAUUGUAUCUUGGCCAAGUCGCUAGCGCAUUCUUAACAUAUAGCACAGAUAAAAAAAAUUAAACGGUUAAGCCAUAGAUCAGAACAUUUUCAAUAAAAAGAAAAUUAAGAGCAAAGUCACAUAUUAUAUACAGUCAGGGAAAGAAUGAUAAACUGUGGAAGCGACGGUUAGAAAAAAAAAUGAUCAUCUUGUAAAUACGAGUUUUAUACAGAACAUAUAUAUUGUACUCAUUAAAAAAAGAAGUAUCGUGAAUUAAUAAAAAAGAAAAUGAAUAAAGUAAAUAUAUUCAUAAAUAAAUUAAAUAUAGGUACGAGUAAUAAGUGAUAUGUAAACUACAUUCAGCGUUAAGGGUAGCAUAUAUACAUGAAUAUGAAUAUAUAUAUAUAUUAUAUAUAUAUAUACAUAUAGAGAAGUAUGCUAUGGUUGCUUCAAGUAUUGCGAUAAAUAAAACAAGUAUUAAUAUUCGUUUGUAUACCGUAUAUAAUUCUAGUAAACUUUCUUAAACCACAGAAAAAUAUAUAGCAAUAUUUAACAGGUUCAUUGCUCAUUAUAUAAUCAGACUUGUAUAUAUAGUUGUUGAAUGAGCUGUACUUUCGUCGAAUAUGUGUGAAAUUUUUUAUUUAAAAUGCCGUCAAAUUAUAGUAAACUAACUGUUUGAAAUAUUAUUUAUAUACAUAAUAUAUGAAUCGUUGCCCGAUUGGAUAAAUACUAUUAAUUGUUGACAUGAUUGAAAAAAGAAUUCUUGAAAGUCAUUGGAAAUAAUAACGCGUAACAUUUUACGUUUGUUGAAUUUCAAAAAUAUAUUAUAGGUUGAUAAUUUAAGAUUAAUAAUUAUUAAGUUAGAGUAGUUCUCGCAAUUAAAAAAAAAUAAAUUAAAAAGGCAACCAUAGUAAACUUUUCUUCAUUAUACACGGCAUAUAUCGAUGAUGUAGUGCACACACACAUACACACACACACAUACAUACGCACACGCAAACACACAGAGGUGAUUGUUCCGCACAUACACACAAAUACAUUUAGAAAUUAAAAUAAAGGGAAAAAAAAAGAAAAUGAUCACUUAAAACUUUAGACUAAUUAAGAACUUAAAACCACGCGAAAUAUAAAUAAAAACAACCCUCCUUAGCGCAGGAGACUCAUUAUACAUAUUAUAUAUAAUAGCAGAUGAUAAGACGACAACUAGAGUGAAGCGUGAAAAAUAAUGUGAAUUUAUGUGGAAACUGUCGAAAAAUUGUGCAAGCUGUACAAGGCACAGUUCUGUCUAUAGAUUUAACAAAAACCAAAUUAAUUAUGAAUGACUAAAUUUCUCGAGUAGAAGCAUAUCAACACCGAACGCAUAAAUACACUUUGGUUGAUAAACAAAAAAAACAAACACUAUGGAUUCUAAUGUGACUUGAUUACCACAAUCAUACGUAAGCUUGAGUACAUAAAAUAAAUGCCGGAAUGAUCGAAGCGAGUACUUUUUCGUAAUAUAAUCGUACAUAAUUGGUAGAUGCGUAAAGAAAUCCACUUCCUGUUCCGUGUGAUAUCGGCUUCAACUCGAGCGAUGUAACAAAGAAAAAUGAUAACAAAACAAAA